GUUGGCGUUGUCACAGUGGAUACGGUAUGUUCGGGUACCUCCACGCUCUUGGGGGCGAAAAAGGCACGCUCUGGUACGCUGAUCCAUAAAUUUGCAAGAGACUGGCUAGCUAGCUAGUUUGAGAGGUAUUUUGGAUAUCAAAAACCAUAAUAUCAUGUCGUCAUCUGCAAGAUGCGACAAUGGGCCACGGCGACGUUCGUCGAGGCGUCCAGGGAACGAAGACAGAGCGAACCAUGGCCUUCCUCAGUGAGCCCUGGAGAAGCCACCGUUGUGACUUGGAAGCCUGCCGUUUUCGGAAAUGCAUCAAGCGGGUGCAGGAUGCCAGUGAAGCUCACAUUGACAAACUGCCAGUUUCAAUGCUAUCGUUUGCCAUAACCCACAGCGGUCGUAGCACCCAACAGCACCACAAAGAACGAGAAUUGAUUGAGUACGCCCAAGCCGUAAUGGCCCGUGGAGUUGACCCCAAUGACAACUAUGACCAUCUUGGUUGGGAGAUAUCCAGGGUCGGUCGAAGUGCUGUUGGAGCUGCUGCUGCAUAUGGCUACACGCAGCUACUCAUCUUCUUGGUCGCACAAGCCAAUUGUUCCGUCACAUCAGGGUACAACCAUGCAUUGUAUUAUGCAGUGCGGGCAAGAGAAUAUGAAAGCAUGACUGCGCUAUUUGAUCACCGGGGAGAGGAUACUUGCUCCAUGUGGAAGAACCACUCCGAUGAUAAGUGUGCUUUUUGGGCCCGCGCUAUAUGGUUCAUGGCAAUUAAACGAAGGGAUGUCAAAGCUGUUUGGAUAUUGCGCCAAAGGGGCAAGGCAACGUUUUCAUAUCACUCUUUGGGUAGCAGCACUAUGGCAAGGACGAUCAAGUCAUUUCUACAGAGACAACUGUACCCCGACACCAAUGUUCUAUCGUGGAGCAAAACCCUGCACUGGUCUUUCCCGGUAACGGACCGUCAAAUGAUCAACUGGCUGUGGUAUCAUGUAAGACCAAGCAUUGACGACCUCCCAGAAGACGCCUGGUUAACCAUCUUUAGCUUUGUGGGAAGGGAUUGGUGGGGUGGAAAAAUUGCUCUCCGGGAGUGUUCUGAAGCUGGCGGUAUGGCCUGGAGAAAGCUCAGCACCGAAGAAAGGAAUCUAUCGGGCUGAAGAUGGAUGCAAAUCUGUUGGCCAGCCUCAACAGUCCCUCUGUGCUUCGGAGGGCGAAGGAUCUUGGUUUUAUACCGCGGGCGCAUAUGUAUGCAUGGAGUAACAAGACUAGCUACCAAGAAUGUGUGGUUUGAGAAGUGGGAUUCCCGGAUAAAAUGUUUUGAUCUGAUAUAACUGGUC